AUGCAAUUCUCAUUGUCAGUCCUGCUCUCACUCGCCGCGCUGUUGAGCGGUAGCCCCAUAUACAAUGGCGGUAAUAAGUGGCAAACAAAACCUCUGACGAACGCAAAUGGUGCUGUCACGUCUGGUUUCCGAGGUCUUUCUGUCGUGUCUGACAGCAUCAUCUGGAUAUCGGGUACCAACAACUCGGUCUACCGAACCAUCGACGGCGGUGCUACUUGGGAUGAUCUUAGAAUCGUACAUAAAGAAACCUUCACCAACGAGACAGGUACCUACCCUGUCUUCUUAGACUUUCGCGACAUCGAAGCCUUCUCAGCUCGCGUUGCUGUUGCUAUGGCGGCUGGCGACGGCAGUUUGAAUGAAUCGAGUAUCUGGCACACGAAAGACGGCGGAAAGCAUUGGCUCAAAUCCAAAGCACCCAAAAAUCCAAUCUUUUACGACAGUCUUGCUUGGGAAAACAAGCACCACGGUUUGUUGUUGCAAGAUCCUGCCAAUGCCACAGAUGGCAGCUUGGGUAUACUGGAAACCUACGACGGCGGGAACAGCUGGAAAGAGAUCAAGGGUACCACGGGUCUCGAAGCCAAAGGCCAGGCAGCCUUCGCCGCAAGUGGCACAUGUGUCGCCUUCGUAGCUGGGCGGUGGUACCUCGUUGCAGGGGGUAGCCCUGAUCCUUCGCGUGUUUUCCAUAGCCGGAACGGACGGAACUGGAAAUCCGCGAAGACUAGCCUUGUGGGUGAUCCGAACGUUGAGCUCGGAUAUGCAGGGUACGGGAUGAACUCAGUCGCGUUUCGUGACUCCAAAAAUGGUAUCGUUGUUGGUGGUAGCUUCAGUGAUGCGCCUGCGAGCAACGACAAUGCGGCAUGGAGUCGCGACGGGGGGCUGACUUGGACAUCAUCAAGUUCUGCACUGCUAUAUCGCUCAGCUGUAUCUUGGCUGCCGGGUAGAGGGAACUUGGCUGUAGCUGCUGGCCAGACGGGUACGAAUUUGACACGUGAUGGAGGUGUUACCUGGGAAGGUCUGACAGAUGAGCAACACAAUGAGUUCUUUGCCGUGCAAUGUAUCAGAGGCGGGAUAUGCUGGGCAUCUGGUCGCAAAGGCGCGAUCGGCCGAAUUCAAAUUUUAUAG